ACGUGGCUCUACGCAUGCGCCAGAGGAGAUGAUGCUGGCGGCCGAGGAACGCGCCCAUUGGCCGUCGCAGCCCCGCCUAGCCCUUAAGUGCGCAGGCGCAGGAAGUGGCGCGGAGGUUUGAAUUGCGCGGCGGUUGGAGGUGUCCCCUGUGUGAGGAGUGAAGGGUUGGAACCCACAUGACAAAUGAGUAAAAUUCUCCUGUCUCCAAUGGGAGUCUGAAAAGAUGGAGCAAAGUCAGAGUUCCAAGACCUCAAAGCGGCCUCUGCAAUUUCGUGAUACAAAUCAAACUGAUAUGUCUGCAUGGCGAAAAAAAGGGAGAACUGACCCUGAAAACAGUGUCCUGGAUCAUCAACCUCCUAAUGAUCAGAAAGAUGACAACGAGCAAGACUCCCUUGAGGAGGCUUUCCGCUACUUUGAAGAAGUUCAAGACCGUGUUUCACUGAAAAAUAGUAUUCUGCAGAAACACUUGACUGCUGUGGAAAGUGUUGCCCUACAAAGAGGAUUACCCCCUGAAGGAUUUAAUGUGUUGCUAGAUGUGGCACUCAGUGGCAAAUUUGGUGAUGCAGUGAAUACUCGUAUACUGAGGAGUCUGAUUCCAGCCUCAGUAGUACCAGAAGAUUCUGUGGUUUCAUCUGUAUCUUGGCUUUGUGUCAGCAAAUGCUCAGGCAAUGUCCAGCUGCUUUUUUUAAAAUGGCUGAUCACAGUGUUUGACUUCAUUGAUCACAAGGAACAACUUAAUGCCCUCUAUGGUUUCUUCUUUUCCUUCCUCCAAGAAGAGAAGAUGUGCCCCUUUGUCUGCCAUCUGCUCUACCUGCUGACCAGGAAAGAAAAUGUAAAACCUUUUCGGGUUAGGAGGCUGCUUGACCUCCAAGCAAAAAUGGGAACACAGCCUUAUCUGCAGGCUCUGCUAUCACUUUACAAACUCUUUUGUCCUGAGCUGGUGACCAUAACCCUUCCCAGGAAAAUGAAGGCUUACUUCAGGGAUCCAGAAGGCCCAUGGAAAGCAGCAAUCAACACAGUAAGGCAAAGAAACCAGGAAAACACUCAAGUGGCCCGGCCACUGUUUUUAGGCACAGCCCAGCCUCAGUCACAAAAAAGGAAAUGGAAUACCCAGAUAAGCAUACCUGCAAGCAGUAGAAACAAAAUUAAUUUUGAAGAGGACAGGGAAAAGAAAUGUAUUGAUUUGCACAGUACAAAUGAGUCUUUUCCAGUGGAGCAGCUGCAGACUUUUUCUCAGCUCCUACAAAAUAUCCACCGUCUAGAGUUUCCUUCCCAGAUGGGUUCAGUGCUAACAAACCCUUUAUUGCUUCAUUACAUGAAUUGCUUCAAAGAUGAAUCAGUUAACCUAAGGCUCUACUAUUGGAUGGAGCAGACUCUUCAGCAAGAAUGUACCUGGUGUGUGGUUGAUAACAGUCAAUAUGAAGAAGAAUUUAAGAAUUUCCUGGAAACUGUCUACGAGACAGAGUGCUUCUUACAGGAGGGAUUUUCUUCUUGUGAAGAGUUUCUGUAUAAGAGCCUUCCUCUCUGGGAUGGCUUCUGCUGCCGAUCACAAAUCCUCAGGUUUGUGAGUUGGAUUCCCCUCCGCAGCUCCUCCGAAAUAAAGUCACAUCUCUACAAUCCCCUGGCACAGCUCUUUUUCACAUCGUCCCUUUACUUUAAGUGCAGUGUUCUUGAGAGCCUGAAAGAGCUGUUGCAGAACUGGUUGAAUUGUCAGGUGACUCGUCUGGAUUCAGAGUCUGAUUCUGAAGUCCAUUCUUCGAAUACCACUCUUUCUGGACUAGUGAACACGAUUGCUGAACUGAUCCACUUUGUUGGAUGGAUCUCUACUGUUGCAUUGCGUUUGGAAAGCAAUCAUACUUUCUUGCUGCACUUUAUCCUGGAUUUCUAUGAGACUGUGUGUGACAUGUAUCUGAGGUAUGAUCUGCCUUUGUUGAUAAUGCCUCCUCCUAGAGUUUUCUAUGCAGUGCUUCUCGGCAUGGAUUCUGUCAACUUGAAUCAGCUCUGCUACAUUAUGCACAGGUAUCGAACCAACUUGGUGACUGCCAAAGAAAAUGAGCUGAGUAAAAAGAAAAUACUGCAGUUCAAGUUCAGUAAUCAGACAUAUCAAGAGUACAACAAGUACCUAACAGCAAUGGUGGGUUGUCUGUGGACAUCCAAUGUAUUCCAGAAGGAUAUUCACCCUCAAGGUAUUGCUAUGGAUGACGAACUGCUGAAGAAAACCGAAGUGCCGGAUUUCAAAAACAGCUUUAACAUUGUCUGCCACCCAGCCUUGAUGAGCUAUGCUUUUUUCUACCUGCAGCAGGCUUUUCCAGAUAACACCACUGUUGACUUCAGUUUAAUUAAGGGAAAGGAGUGGAACAGGUAUCUGGAGUAUCUCUAUUUGCAAGGCUUAGAUGGCCUGAAGGUCUUUAUUGAAAGCAGCGUCAAACGUAUUUCCCAGGCCUCUCACAGUAAAUCAGGGAAUGUGUAAAUGUGCCACUGGGAUUCACUGGAGCCUGUUUAUCAUCUGAAAGAGGAAAGCAGAAUUUAAUGGACUGUGUCACUAAUUCUUCCUUCUGGAGAGGAAAGAAACAGAGCAAUUACCCUUGUCUGCAUUUUUGUACUGACAUCUGUUUUAGGAAAGUUGAAGACAUGGAAGGAAUGCUGGCUUGGUCCACUAACCCUGAAAGUCCUCUUGUCCCUGCUUGAACUUCUCUGGUCUGAAGCUGCUGAGCUCAUAUGUAUCAUCCACAUUUUUCAUCCUCAUUUUUCUCAGUUGCAGUAUCUGGUUUGAUUGAGAAACAAACCUCUUCUAUCUCAAACCUGCAAUGAACAGCAUUGCUUCAUUUAUGAGUAAUGUUGAUCCCUGACCUGCUUUGCCUUCCUCAACAGCAGGUAAUGAGAAGCAAUUCAAUUGGCCUUUUGGGGAUACUGUAUAUGUACUGGCUUGGAGCACUAUGAGUUUCCCAGUUCCCUUUUGCACUGUGUAUAUAUAGAGUCUGACCAACUGACCUUCCUCAACUUCACUUUCAUUAUGAAGCUUCCAAAAUAGACUUUUUGCUAUCAUUUCUUAUAACAUUCUUCUAAUGCAGCUGGUAAAUUUGAUGCUCAGUUGAUGGCUUAUCAAUGAUUUGAGCAUUUGAACAGUGUUGCCACUAGCUCAACAUUUUCUAUUUAGAAGUGCAAAUGUAACUUUCUUUUUUGUAUUUUUAGCUCUGUGUUGUAUGCUGUGUAUAUAUGGAUAAUUUAUAUCUUGUAAAAGGUUUCCAACAUGCCAUUUGAAUGAACUCUGCUACAAAAUGUAUCUUUUAUUGUAAUUUCAUUUAAAUGCUGAGUAGAAGUUGGGAGAAGCAGAUCUCAGGUCUUCAAAAUUUGAGUGAACUUGAUUUCACUGCUGUAAAAUGAGGCUUUAAGCACUUGAAAGAUGGAUCAGCAUAUACUGAAUUUUGCCUUGUGAAAUCUGUACUUUGGUCCUCAGAGUGACUCCAGAGCUGUUAAGGAUGUGUUUGGUUCCUUUAUCCUCUCGAUCAGACUGGCUCUAGGUUGAGUACCAUUCUUCUUGGCUCAAAUAAACGACAUGGUUAAUACAU